AGCAAGCAAGCAAGCAAGCAACAUUCCAGCUUCAAAAUUCCAACUUUGCAACUCUCCUUAGCCCACUUGCACAUCUAAUACUUGACUUUUGCAUUGCCAAACUCAGUCCUUCAAUAUAAAUUUUAAACCAACAGUUUUGUAAGUGAUUGAACCAAUAUCUCUCCACAGUUGCAAUGGCAAGGCAAAGACCAGAAGAGGAGGAGAUUACUGCAGGCUCUGAGCCACCUCCAACAAGUUACUUUGAUGCUCCACAGUAUUCUCCUCCUCGGCCACCUCCGGCCGCUUCAGCCACCUACAUUAAUGGCCCUCCGCCGCCAGCCAGAGGCACGCCGGUGAACUUUGCUCCGGUGAGUCCUAUGCCGGCAUAUGAUUCCAAGCCACCUGGUUCAAAUAUUGGGAUGCCUUGGUCAUCGGGGAUGUUUGACUGUGGCCUCAACCAGACUAAUGCUAUUAUGACUGCUUUCUUCCCCUGCGUUACUUUCGGGCAGAUUGCAGAGAUUUUGGAUGAGGGAGAGACAAGUUGCACACUGGGGAGUUUUAUGUACAUUCUGAUGGUGCCAGCCCUGCUCACCUGCUGGAUCAUAGGUUCAAACUACAGGAAGAAGAUGAGGAAGAAAUAUAACAUAGUGGAGGCGCCAUCGGAGGACUGGACAGUCCAUCUUUUCUGCUCUUGUUGUGCACUUUGUCAGGAGUACAGGGAGCUGCAGCAUAGAGGAAUUGAUCCCUCUCUAGGAUGGAUGGGUUACCAGGCGCAGAAACAAUGGAGGACGAGUACUGUGCCUCCCAUGAACCAGUUUAUGAGCGAGUAGAAGGAAAUUUGGAUUUGGAUUAUAGAUUGUGGGGUGUGUUUAUUUGUUUUUUUGCAGAUUUGUUGUGUGAUUUGAAGUGUUGGUCUAUGUAUAAUGUACUCGAUUCUUUCUUCAGUUGCACGUAGAAGCAUGACUGGUUAGGAGUGUCAAAGUCGGAUUUCAGGUCGGGUUCAGAUCAAAUCCGAAUCUAACCCGACCUGUUUAAUGUAAUAAAUUGAGUGAUUGUUUCAGUUGUGAGAAAGUUAAUGCAUAUAAGAAACUCAAUUUUUUGAAAA